CCCACUGCCUGCCCCACGUUCCCUUCACCAACCUUCAGUUCUUCAACAACACCAUGGCUGCUCUUCUCUACAUCCGCAUGGUGCUGCUCCUCGUCUCACUGAUGCCACGUGCUGCACAGCCGGCACUCGCCCCGCCAACCAAACCCACAGACCUCGCUGCGCUGUUCGCCUUCAAAGCACAGGUCAAGGACCCUCUUGGUAUCCUCGACAGCAACUGGAGCACCAGUGCAUCGCCUUGCUCGUGGGUUGGGGUCUCGUGCGACCGACGCGGGCAUCAUGUGACAGGCCUAGAGUUCGACGGCGUGCCGCUCCAGGGCAGCAUCGCCCCACAGCUCGGCAACCUCUCCUUCCUCUCCAGCCUUGUUCUCAGCAACACCAGCCUCGUGGGCCCUGUGCCGAGAGAGCUUGGUGGCCUGCCUCGGCUCCAAAAUCUUGUCCUCUCAUACAACAGCUUGUCAGGUACCAUCCCCUCCACACUUGGCAACCUCACAAGCCUUGAGUCUCUUUAUCUUGAUAGCAACAACCUCUUCGGGUCAAUGCCAAGUGAGCUCGGGAAUCUGAACAAUCUUCAGUCUCUAAGACUGUCAAAUAAUGACUUGAGCGGGCUGAUACCUCCUGGCUUGUUCAACAACACACCCAAUUUGCGUUUAGUACGAUUAGGCUCAAACAGGCUGACAGGAGCAAUUCCUGAUAGCAUCGGCUCAUUGUCGAAGCUGGAGAUGCUAGUCCUGGAACGCAAUCUUCUAUCAGGCCCCAUGCCUCCUGCUAUCUUCAAUAUGUCCCAGCUGCAAACUAUAGCUAUCACAAGGAACAACCUCUCAGGUCCAAUCCCUUCAAAUGAGAGCUUUUACCUCCCUAUGUUGGAGUUUAUCUCCCUCGGUGAAAAUCAGUUUGAUGGACCUAUCCCGCAUGGUCUUUCAGCAUGCAAGAACCUUCACAUGCUCUCCCUUCCUGUGAAUAAUUUCACUGGUCCUGUGCCAUCAUGGCUGGCAAUGAUGCCAAACCUCACCAGAAUUUACCUGUCAACAAAUGGUCUCACUGGAAAGAUCCCUAUGGAACUGAGCAACAAUACUGGGCUUCUUGGUUUGGACCUCAGCCAGAACAAGCUUGAGGGGGGAGUCCCACCAGAGUAUGGACAGCUGAGAAACCUCAGUUAUCUAAGCUUUGCAAACAACCGAAUAACAGGUUCCAUUCCAGAAUCCAUAGGCUAUCUUUCUAACCUCACAGUAAUAGAUUUUGUUGGAAAUGAUUUGACUGGAUCGGUGCCAAUUUCAUUUGGGAACCUGCUGAACCUUCGUCGUAUCUGGCUCAGUGGGAACCAGCUCAGUGGGGACCUCGACUUCUUGUCCGCACUUUCAAAAUGCAGGAGCCUGAAAACAAUUGCCAUGACAAACAACGCAUUCACAGGGAGGCUACCAGCCUAUAUUGGAAACCUUAGCACGGUCCUCGAAACAUUUAUAGCAGAUAACAAUGGGAUCACCGGAAGCAUCCCUAGUACAUUGGCUAAUCUUACCAACUUAUUGGUUCUGUCUCUGAGUGGAAACAAGCUGAGCGGGAGGAUCCCCACACCAAUCACUGCAAUGAGCAAUCUCCAAGAACUCAACCUCGCAAAUAAUAGCUUGUCUGGCACCAUACCAACAGAAAUCAAUGGAUUAAAAAGCUUGUCUAGCUUGCAUCUUGACAACAAUAGACUUGUUGGUUCCAUUCCAAGUAGUGUCAGCAACCUAAGCCAGAUACAGAUUAUGACACUAUCCUACAACUUAUUGUCUUCCACAAUACCAACAGGUCUAUGGCACCAUCAGAAACUAAUGGAGCUUGAUUUGUCAGAGAACUCUUUCAGUGGUUCCCUACCUGUCGACAUAGGGAAACUGACGGCAAUUAGCAAGAUGGAUCUAUCAAACAACCAGCUAUCAGGUGACAUCCCAGCUUCCUUUGGCGAAUUGCAGAUGAUGAUUUAUCUGAAUCUGUCCAGCAACUUACUAGAAGGAUCGGUACCAGACUCAGUUGGCAAGUUACUAAGUAUUGAGGAGUUAGAUUUCUCCUCCAAUGCACUUUCUGGUGCCAUUCCAAAGUCCUUGGCCAAUCUCACAUACCUUACCAACUUGAACCUAUCUUUCAACAGGUUAGAUGGAAAGAUACCAGAAGGAGGUGUGUUCUCCAACAUCACUCUAAAAUCAUUGAUGGGAAACAGAGCACUCUGCGGCCUUCCAAGGGAAGGAAUAGCGCGAUGCCAGAACAACAUGCACUCAACGUCAAAACAACUACUGCUGAAAGUCAUAUUACCUGCAGUAGUGACACUAUUUAUUUUAUCUGCUUGCCUGUGCAUGUUGGUUAGAAAAAAAAUGAAUAAGCAUGAAAAGAUGCCAUUACCCACAGACACAGAUUUGGUGAAUUACCAGUUGAUCUCAUACCAUGAGCUUGUCCGUGCAACAAGCAACUUCAGUGAUGAUAACCUGCUAGGGGCUGGAGGCUUUGGUAAAGUCUUCAGAGGUCAGCUAGAUGAUGAGUCUGUCAUUGCAAUAAAGGUUCUCAAUAUGCAAGACGAAGUAGCUUCAAAGAGCUUUGACACAGAAUGCCGCGCACUACGAAUGGCCCGGCAUCGGAACUUGGUGAGGAUAGUUAGCACUUGCUCCAAUCUUGAGUUUAAAGCACUGGUUCUUGAGUAUAUGCCCAAUGGUAGUUUAGAUGAUUGGCUGCAUUCAAAUGGAGGAAGGCACAUUAGUUUCCUACAACAGCUUGGAAUCAUGCUGGAUGUUGCAAUGGCGAUGGAGUAUCUACAUCACCAGCACUUCGAAGUUGUCCUGCAUUUUGAUUUAAAGCCUAGCAAUAUUUUGCUUGACAUGGACAUGAUUGCACAUGUUGCUGACUUCGGAAUUUCCAAGCUGCUGGCGGGAGAUGACAACUCUAUUGUGUUAACAAGCAUGCCAGGCACAGUAGGAUACAUGGCACCAGAGUUUGGAUCAACAGGAAAAGCAUCACGGAGGAGUGACGUUUACAGCUUCGGGAUUGUUGUCCUUGAAAUCUUCACAAGGAAAAAACCAACUGAUCCAAUGUUUGUUGGUGAGUUGAGCUUAAGACAGUGGGUUAGUGAAGCAUUCCCACAUGAACUCUCUACUGUCACUGACUCUGCCAUACUGCAAAAUGAACCAAAGUAUGGUACUGAUAUGAAAAGCAAUCCCUCUGAUGCCCCAUCCACCAUCUUAAAUACUUGCCUAGUGUCCAUCAUUGAGUUGGGCUUGCUUUGCUCUAGAACUGCACCUGAUGAGAGAAUGCCAAUGGAUGAUGUGGUUGUCAGAUUAAACAAGAUCAAGACAAAUUAUUGUUCUCAGCUAGCGAAUUAAGGAGCUCACUUAGGGAAAGUUUUCUUUUUGUUGUUGUUGUUCUUCUUACCUUCCUGUAUAAGUAUUUGUACUUCGUAAUAUAUUUCCCCCUCAAUGAAAUUAAGCUAAGCACCCUGCUUCUAUCC